GGACCCACGAAAACACAUGUCAGAAAAAGGGCGUCCUCACACAAGUAUGAUUUUGCAUGCAAAAAUUUUCGAUGAGUGAUAGCAGCUUUAGGGCUCUCGGAUCCUAACUCAAAACCCCAGCGCCUCCAUUUCCAUCCCAUCAAGAAACCAAACUGUGGUAAAAGUUGAUUAAGCAUGCCGGAUGAGGAGAGAGAAAAGAAGGAAUUCGAUCUGACAAAUCCGAAAGUUGUUACCAAGUAUAAAUGUGCUGCUGAAAUCCUUAACAAGGCUCUGCAGUUGGUGGUGUCUGAAUGCAAGCCAAAAGCUAAGAUAGUUGAUCUUUGUGAAAAGGGAGAUGCCUUUAUCAAAGAGCAAACAGGGAAUAUGUACAAGAACGCGAAGAAGAAAAUCGAGAGGGGCGUGGCAUUCCCGACCUGCAUUUCAGUUAACAAUACCGUCUGCCAUUUUUCUCCACUGUUUAGUGAUGAGACAGUAUUGGAAGAAGGUGAUAUGGUGAAAAUUGAUAUGGGGAGUCAUAUAGAUGGCUUUAUUGCUGUAGUUGCUCAUACACAUGUCCUCCAGGGAGGACCUAUUACUGGUAGAGCUGCUGAUGUAGUUGCGGCUGCUAAUACAGCUGCUGAAGUUGCUCUGAGGCUUGUGAGACCAGGAAGGAAGAACUCGGAUUUAACAGAAGCUAUUCAGAAAGUUGCUGCAGCAUAUGACUGCAAGAUCGUUGAGGGUGUUUUGAGCCAUCAAAUGAAGCAGUUUGUGAUUGACGGAAACAAAGUUGUCUUAAGUGUGUCCAAUCCUGAUACCAGAGAUGACGAUGCAGAGUUUGAGGAGAAUGAGGUCUAUUGGGUUGACAUUGUUACAAGCACCGGUGAAGGAAAGCCAGAAUUGUUGGACGAGAAACAAACAACCAUCUACAAGAGAGCUGUAGAUAAAAGCUACGACCUGAAGAUGAAAGCAUCGAGGUUUAUCUUCAGCAAAAUCAGUCAGAAGUUCCCUAUCAUGCCAUUUACAGUGAGGGAUUUGGAGGAGAAAAGAGCUCGUUUGGGACUAGUCGAAUGUGUUAACCAUGAACUUUUGCAGCCGUAUCCUGUUCUACAUGAGAAACCUGGUGAUCUGGUAGCUCACAUAAAAUUCACAGUGCUAUUGAUGCCUAACGGGUCAGAUAGGAUCACAUCUCAUGCUCUCCAGGAGCUGACACCUGCGAAGACAAUAGACAAUGAACCUGAAAUCAAGACCUGGCUAGCCCUGCCCGUCAAGACCAAGAAGAAAAAGAACGCAGGCAAGAAAAGUAAGAAUCAGAUGGUGCUGGAGAAACUGUUGCUGAAUCUCAAGCUAUAUGCUCAAGGUGAGCCUAUGAAAGGAUAAUCAAAUGUUGCUGAAUCUUGACAAGAAUGGUGCUUGAUUGAUUCAAUUCCAUGAACUAUUUGGUUCUCAUUGUUAUUUGAUCUAGGAUUAUUUGAGGUGGUUUUGGAUCUUUCUUGUCCAUGCCCAUCUGUACAGUAGUUGUUGUCCCGAGACUUUUGUCUAGUUAAAUUAUCGAGUGGGGUUUCCAAUUUUCUAAUGCUUUUAUUAUCCAAAGCCUCAAUAGGUGUGUUGUACUCUUCUCACUUUUAAAGUAGGAUACACGAGGAUUGCUCCUGGCGUGAAGAGAAUUGUGAGGUUUAAGUUAAAACUCUAGUGGAAGCAAAAGUCGCAAGAUGAUUUUUUCCCAUUUGUUAUUUUAGCGGACAAAGUUAUCUGGUAC